AUGAAGUUCUUCGAGAAUGUGUUUACCUAUGACUACUCCUUCCCUGCCGUUUCUCUCGCCUACUUCCUCCGCUACCCUAAUCCCUACUCCCGCCAUGUCCUCACCACCGACGUGAUCGACCGCUAUGUCGAUCCGGCCACCCAGCGCCUGCACACUAUCCGGCUUCACUUGAAGAAAUCCAAAAUCCCGGCUGGCAUCUUGAAACUGCUGCCCAAGGGAAUGGGUGGCUCCGACAGUUCCGGCCAGAGUUAUAUCCUCGAGACCACCGUGGUUGAUCCUCUUGAGGGUUGGAUGGAGACCGAGUCUCGGAACAUGGAGUGGACUGGCAUCCUCAGUGUUGUCGAGAAACAGCGGUAUCAGCGUCAUCUGUCCGAGGACAAUUCCAACGUCCUCGAUGGUCUUUCAGUCGAUGAGAAGGAGCAGACCACCGUGCGGACAACCGUCACCUUCCGCUCCCGCCUCGGCCAGGGCAAGUUGCUCGGUCGCAAGAAGACUGAGGCGGUCGACCACGCAGACGCUGAGGAUGAGGCUCCCAAGAAGGGCUUCUUCUCUUCCUUGUCCACUGCCGGCAUCCAGCGGACCAUCGAAUUGAUCGGCGUGAGCAGAACCCGCGAGGCUGUGUUGAAAAGCAAACAGGGCAUGAACGUAGUGUUGGAACGUCUGCGCAGCGGAGGUAUCGUCGGUGUUCUUGAGGGCAUGCGCCAAGACCGCGAAGCUGCCUUUGGGCCAGAUGGUGGCCCCUGGAAGCGUGUCUGGUUGCAAGGCAAUAGCCUCAAGGACCGGGUCUACGUCGAUGACGAUGACAACUGA